AUGGAUGGGGGAGACGCACGGGAAGCAGCCCAACUCGUAGCAGCGGCAGCAGCUCCUGUAAUGGUGGCUCCACCCGCGGCAACUUUUACCAUCAAACCACCGGAACCUUUCGACUUUGCAAAACCCCAAGAGUGGGAAAAGUGGAUCAGACGUUUUGAGCGCUUCAGAGUUGCAAGUAAUCUGAAUAAUUCGACCGAUGCUCAUCAAAUGAACACGUUAGUUUACUGCAUGGGAGAUGAGGCUGACGACGUGGUAAGAGGACUAGACCUGACCGAUGGGCAGCGCCAGCAGUAUGAUGCAGUCAAAACUGCAUUUGAUAGACAUUUUGUCCCCAGAAAGAAUGUGAUCUAUGAACGUGCUAAAUUUAACAAGCGAGUACAGCAGCUAGCAGAGCCAGUUCACUCAUUUAUCACGGCUUUGUACGCACUUGCGGAGAACUGUGAAUACGGUGCACGUCACGAUGAACUUUUGAGAGAUAGACUCGUUGUGGGUCUCAGAGAUUCGUCUCUGUCAGAGAGGAUGCAGCUCGACAAAGACCUCACACUAACCAAAGCUAUCACAAUGGCGAGGCAGUCCGAAGAAAUAAAGCGGCAACAGACUGACCUGCGAUGUGAAAGUAAUGUGAGCAAGACGGCAAUGGAUGCGGUACACACCAGACAAUUCAAGCCAAGUAAGUUAAAAAAUAAAGAACAAAAACAGCUGAAAUUCCAAAAACCUCAACAUGCGAAACAAGACAGUAAAACAUGUUAUAAAUGUGGAAAAGCACCAGCACACCCUGCAGCCCAGUGCCCAGCUAAAAAUGCGGAAUGUCACAACUGCGGCAGACGUGGUCACUACAGUAAAGUGUGUAGGUCCAAAAGUGCUGUAAAUAAAGUGGCUGAGAGUGCAGAUGGACUUUUCUUAGGUGAGCUUGAUCAAGGAGAAGAUCCGUGGCUUGCAGACAUUGACGUGAGAGGCACUAAAGUGAGGUUCAAGUUGGAUUCAGGGGCAGAUGUCACUGCUGUUUCAGAGCAGACAUACAAGAACUUAAAACAGACAAAUGAACAUUUGGAUAAAGCUGAGAAACCACUGUUUGGUCCAGGUGGUAAUGUGCUCAAUGUGUUAGGCUCGACAACAGAGACUAUUUCAUACGCCGACAGGAGUACAACAGAGACGAUCUACGUGGUCAGAAAUCUGCGCGUGGCAUUGUUGAGCAGAACAGCGUCUGUGAGACUUAAGCUGAUAGCAAGAGUGGACAACAACAUCAACCUUUCAGGCAUGCCAAAAAAGUCUCAAGUCAACAAGUUCGGACAAGACGCGAGGGCCUCUGAAGAGGAAGCUAGCUCAGCUAGCCUAGCUUGCUCAACAUCAACAAUGACGACUGCGCCGGGCAACCAGAAUGCCAUUAUGGAGGAAUUACAGUCAAUGAGGCAAGAAUUGUUGAAGAAAAUGGACGAAAAAGCUAUUGAAAUCCAAACGGAGCUGCACAAUGUCACAGAUAAACUCAAUAAAAGACUGGACAAACUUGAGAGCCACACGUUUGAGCUAGAAAACGGAGUGACCGCUAAUGCUAACUCUAUUGCGAAUAUGGAGUCUGACUUGUCUGGGAUGAAAAAAGAACUUACCCUGCUCAGAGCCCGGUGUGAGGAUCUGGAGGCCAGAUCACGGCGUUGCAUCACCGGAGUGAAAGAGGGGCGCGAGCAAGGGAAACAUCCUUCAGUUUACGUAGCUGGUGUGCUGAAAGAAGCCCUUGGACUGGACAAGUUGCCGACUCUGGACAGAGUGCUUCGGCCUCUCCACACAAAGCCAGUACAAGAUGACUUUCCACCGAGGGCGUUUGUGGUUAAAUGUCACUACUUCACAGAAAAAGAAUUACUUCUCAAAAAAGCAGCAGAGGCUGGAGUGAUAACAACCGCUGAUGGGGACACUAUCCGCGUCCUGCCGGACUUCACCCAAGCUGUGAGUAAACAGCGCGCCGCUUUUACCGAAGUAAGGAAACUGCUGCGCAGCUGCGCAGGAGUCCGCUACGGUCUCAGAUACCCAGCGACGUUAAGGAUUACUACGGCGGACGGACAAGAAACGACCUUCAAGGAUCCAAAGCGUGCGAAGGAGUUUGUUCUGAAGGAGUUGCUGAGCGCGGAAGCUCUACCCUCAGGGAUGCUCUCCAGACUAAGCAGCAGCGAAAACAUACGACUCUCAAUGUUGGCCACCUUCUCCAAGGUGCUAAGGUUGACUUCACAGACUGUCAAAACCUUGUAUGCAAAGCACUUGGAGAAACAGACAGAGCUGGCAGAUGUGAAAAUUGCUCUAAAGAAGAGAAGGCUCCAAGAAAUGGAGCUGCUUCAGAGCCAUGCUGAGCCUGCCGGCGAGCUCCGGGAGCUAACGGUCGAAACCCCGCCAGGAGGUCAGCUCACUCCGCUCUCCAGCUCCAAGUCUUACCUGCUCGCUCUCCGA